AUGAAAAAUUUUAGAAUUCAAUUUCGAGACUUCCUAUUUCUUUUCAUUUUUCUAUUAAAUGUGCGAAUCACACCUUUUGCUUAUGUGAACAAUACUUACUAUGAAACUCACCCCAACCUCACUCUUAUUCGAACCGCAACUUAUGAUGAUGAAACUAUUUUAGUCCUCUUAUCCGGGGAAAAUAACUCAACGGAAAUUGUUCUUGAAUUUCGACUAAUCUUUCCAAAUGGAACUUUGACCCCGUUUAGUGUAAACGUAGAUUUACUUGGAGUUCCUGUUACAAAUCAUGCCUAUCAAAUACACCCAUUAAAGUCAAACUAUUUCAUUUUGGGAGACAUACUUAACUCGACUUCCGUCAUAUUUUCAAUUCUCGAUUGGAACGGGAAUAUUCUUGCAAAAAACAUUUCCUCAUUAUACACGUAUUUCAACAAACUUGGAUUCAGUCUAUCGGGACAUAAUGAUUACGAAAAUUUUGAUCCAUCACCAUACCAAUUUAUACUAAACGACAACCCAGACAAAGGAUUCCUUGGAUUGAUGUGGAAUGAUUCUCGUAUCCAUUGGGCCAGUUUUCAGUAUCCGAACUCACAGUGGGAAACCUCCAUUGUUGCCAAUGACACAAUUUUAGCUACACAAAAAGGUAGUUUUUUGGACGUUAAGACAUUUAGUCUCAUUGACGGAGGCUACGCUAUUACCCAAGUCGUUUGGAAUCUAGCACCAAAUGCUACUCAAUCUAAUGGCUCGGACGAUCCUAGCCGUCCGUGGGAUGUAUCAGUUGUAUUUGUUCGCCAAAAUUCAACUCCGCAAAUGACUCAACCAUUUUUGAUUUACCAAACCUAUGAACUUUUGGAUUCACUAUAUGUAAAAUCAUGUUAUGUGACAAUUCAAGGGGCUGGAUACGAAUGUCUAUUAGGAGUGGUCUAUUCUUUCAGCUAUAAAAUCAUGAAUCUCUCCUUUCUUUCAUCAGGCGCUGAUCUUGGGCCUGAUGUUGUAACUCAAUUCAGUAGUAAUUUUUCUUCGUCUUUCCACGGGCAGAAUAAUGUUGAAAGCCCUCUUCCGUAUGGUGGGGUGGAAUUUUACGAACCAAUAGUAAACGAAAUACCGAAUACCACCUUAGCGAAUCCAACAUCAUGGACUAGAAUCAGCAUAAUUCAACCGGACAGUACACUUAAGAAUGUGACCACUAUUAAUUUUAGUUGUGGUUUCGGUACCCUUUUCAGUGGCGUUUAUUCAAAUAAUUCGGUAUGGAUGAUUUUGGUUUGCCCGGGGACAAUGCCGAAACAAUGGAGCUUAAUAUCGCAGGAUCUUCCACGGUUCAUCGACGAAGAUCUUGGAUAUCAAUAUCGUAACCUCGCAAUUAAUCUAACCGAGCCAUCUAUCGAUGCAAUCAUUCCCUUGAAUUUGAUCAGCCUCACCAUAUCAUUUACUUUUCCAGUCAUUCUAUCUUCUCAGAAUAUUAGUAUUUUCAAAACUAAUGGAGAUAUUUUUCGUCAAAAGAUUCCAGCUCAAUCAGGGUUAUGUUCGGUCAAGGAUGGCAAUAAUGUGUCUUGUACAGUUUUACCCACCACUUUUAACCAACCUGAUACCGAAUAUUAUGUGGUCGUAGAUCCUGAUUUCGUCAGGUCAACCAAAUACAACGAAGCCUUAUCAGGGAUAAAAACUGGUCUUUGGAAAUUCAAGACUCAAUCUAACAACACGCUAAAUGUAUAUGCAAAAACUGCCACAGUUUUGGUGAGGCUCACCAUGGCUGGAACCGCAUCUUUCCUUGGACUUUCAGCAGAAGAUCGAUCGAAUUUCUUGAAUCAAUUGCAAUCUGAACUAGCCGAAAGUGUUCCGAUCAGUUUAUCUCGGAUUGGAAAAACAACGCGCACCCUCUCAGAUUCAAAUGCGCUUGAUCAACUGUUAUUGAGGUUUUCAAUCGUCCCCGGGGAAUCUCCGAAUGAUAUGAAUACGAAACAAAUACUUGACACAUUAAUGAUAAUGCUGAAGAAUAAAGCAACAUCGCCAUUUGGAAGAUAUGAUUACAUUAGCUUACUUGAUGAUACAUAUGGAAUUAAAGUCACACGACUUUUUCUAUUAGGACUGAUAGUAUAUGUGGCACGUCGGCGGUAUCCACAGGGGAACAAUCUGGCCAUCCUCAAAGUUGUUCUCAUUAUGUUGGAUCUGAUUUUUGAUGUGUUGUUCGUUGUUCAAAACGGAAAUGAUGUUUAUUUUUUGCAUACGCCAGCUAUCGUUACCUUGGUUGUACCAAUUGUGGUCAAUUCCGUUUUCGCUUUUGUUAUUUUCGUUCGUGAAUUUACGUCUAACCCGAGAUACGUGGAAUGGUUCUCGAAAUAUGGAAAAGUCGCAUCCUUGUUUACAGUGUUGGCCGCCGCUGAUGUCGAGAUCCUGACGUUUCUGCAUUCCAAAUUUGCCGGGAUUUCAGCGUUUAGUGCUCCCUUUAGUCAAAAUACGCUCAGUUGGAUAUUUUGGGGCAGCUUUCUCAACAUGUUCGUUGAAAACAUUCCCCAAUUUAUAAUUCAGAUUUUAUAUUUCAACAACACGAUCUCUUAUGAUAUUGUUCCGUUACUAACGCUUGUGACGAGUUCAAUCGUGCUUCUAAAUGAUAUAAUUGGUCGAAUUUAUGAAUCUAUCAAACAUUUGUUCCAUCAUUAUUAUAGUGUGCCGCAAGAGUCAUCAUGA